UUCGGUGCUGGCGACCAAGGAAUCAGCCAGACCGAUUUGACCAUCAUCAUUGUCUUCUUGUCGUUGGCGCUGUACAACGUCCUCGAAUUAUUCUGUAUAAUAUGGGGCACUUUUAAGCGAUAUGCCGGACUAUACUUUUGGUCAUUCUUAAUUGCGACGCUGGGCAUCGCUUUAUCCUGCAUAGGAUUCUGCAUCAAAUUCUUCGGACCCAACUCGCUGGGAUAUCUAUCAUGCACUCUUAGCUUGAUGGGAUGGGUAUUCAUGGUGACCGGACAAUCGUUCGUCCUUUGGUCUCGUCUACACUUGGUGCUAAGGAACAAAAGACGGUUGAAAAUAAUCAUGUGGAUCAUCAUUUUCAAUGCCGUGGUAUGUCAUGGCAUGGUUAUCCCUCUGGUCUACGGGUCAUUCUCAAAUAAUCCGGAAAUAUUUGAAACACCGUAUCAAGUUACGGAAAGGAUUGAGAUCAUAGUCUUUUUUCUGCAAGAGACCAUGCUAUCCGGCAUCUACAUUUACGAAACCGCAAAGCUACUGCGAUCUGGAAACGCUCUUGGAAAGAGGCGGUCGAUACGUCGCGUCUUGAAGAACCUUAUCCUCGUCAAUAUCCUCGUCAUCAUUCUCGAUACCACAAUCCUCGUUCUCGAAUUCGCAAACCUCUACAACUUCCAGAUAUCGUAUAAGCCAUUCGCGUACAGCGUCAAAUUGAAACUCGAAUUCACCGUCCUCAAUCGCCUCGUUGAGCUGACAGCCGGAGGACGAGACGCGCAUGCCAAUGUGCACGGCGAAUCUUCCAGCGGAUCGUCUGGUGGCCGUAAUAAUAGCAAUGCUUCUGAUAUCAUGGACAAUUUCAACAGCAACAAGUCUAUUUGCGGCGGCUCGUAUCACGCGUAUGCCAGAGGUGGAUGCAGCGACAAUUCGCCACAGCCGACACCAUCAGAGGUGGAGAAUGGAAAUGUAGUUAUGAUGACGACUGCUAUUACUGUCCGUCGAGAGAAGGUCCACGAU